CCGGGCAUGCGAAAGAGGAGCCGGUAUAGUUACACGUGGGAAGAAAGGGCGAUCUACUACCGGUUAGGAAGGUAAGACCGGCGAUCAGUCGGUCACUCUGGUGUCUGGUUUCUCUAGGGAAGGACAGUUUGGAAGCAGCUAUUCCCUGGAAGAUGAAGGACUCUACUAGUUUGUUUCAUGGAUUCAGUGAAUCCAGGCAGUACCUGAGCUCCCCUCAUACAGAUGUUCCUGGGGACCACUUGCAGAUUCUGUGUGUUCGGAAUCGCAGGAGGAGCCGAAAACACCAACGUUGUGUAAGACGUAAGGACUUUCUUGAACGUGGACUUAUCGGUACAGAAGAAAUGGAAAGCCAAGAGUUGUCUCAAAUCAAGAUACAGACCAGUGAUAACGGAACCACUCCUCUCAGUUCUCAUCAGACAUGCGGUAAAACUCCUGGCAAAGAUUUGCGUUCAAAGUUUGCUAAACUAAGUGAGCUAAAGACUAUGCUAGGAGGCUCACUGCCAGGCCUGUCUGCUUUUUCUCCUGUGGGGUUGGUGUCCAAGGAUGUAGGCUAUGAUAGUGGGCUCUCUGUGCCAAGCAGUACCACAUCAAGCAGGCCCUCCUCUCCAGUAGCCUGGCUGAAACCUGGUAAAUGUGUUGCUAUUGACUGUGAAAUGGUUGGCACUGGUCCUGGUGCAAGAGUUAGUGAGCUGGCACGGUGCAGUGUGGUAAACUAUAGCGGAGAGGUUAUAUAUGACAAGUACAUCAAACCUGAACUUCCAAUUACAGACUACAGAACCCGAUGGAGUGGCAUUACCAAAAUUCACAUGAAGAAUGCUAUUUCAUUUAAAACUGCUCAGAAAGAGAUCUUGAACCUACUGAAGGAUAAUAGAGUUGUUGGACAUGCUUUGCAGAAUGAUUUUAAAGCCCUUAAGUACUUCCACCCCAGCGCCCAGACACGAGACACAAGUAAAAUACGCUUAUUAAAAAAAAUGGCAGGUCUUCCAUCAAAUCACAACGUCUCUUUAAAAAGCCUUGCGUGGUGUCUACUUCACAAAAGGAUACAGAUUGGUAAAAAGGGACACUCAUCAGCGGAAGACGCCCAGACGUGUAUGGAGCUGUACAAACUUGUGGAAGAUCAGUGGGAGCAAGACCUUCGGUUCCACUCUGAACAGAGCACAUCUACCAGCCCUGCCGGAUCUAGUGUGUCGAGUUUUAUGGAUGAUCAAUAUUGGCCACCUGACUUAAAUGAGAAUUAUAGAUAAAACGAGAACAGUGUUUGUGCUCUAGCAAUAUGUCAAUAAAGUCAUGUGGUUUAUUUA